AGGCCCAAUCAAGAAAUCGAGAUAUGCAGGGACUCUAUCUGUGCCAGGACUGGCUCAGGGAGAUGCAACCCCAGCAUCAGGAUAUUCUCAACAGACUGAUCUCGAGCAAGAUGACUGGUAGUGGGGGUCGUAGGCUAGCAAAAAGCAACGACUGCCCAGACGGCGCGAUUAUGUUUGGACAAAGCGAGAUUGAGCCGAGAUGGAGGAGCAGGCGACGAGGGCAAUAAAUACGACCACUGAUAGGAGGGACGGACAAACCUAUUUACGCCACCAGCUAGAUUUGAAUAUCUCAGCCUACAGAAUCCGGAGUCCAGAGAGCUGGGAAGCAAUGCGCC